AUGAACCCUACCUUUACCAACACCAACUCCAUUCACCAAAAUGUGUUGAAUAUGGUUCCUUCGCAAGAAAUAACCGUUUUCCAAGAAGUUCCUCAAUCAGGAAGAACCCAAACUGUUGGUCGUCCAUCUGCCUGGAAUGACAAUAUUAUUAAGGUCCUUCUUCGCCUGAUAAUUGACACUGGGUUUUAUGCAAAGCAUGCCAUCUUGGAUAACUCUGGAAAGACAAGACUAUGGCAGAAACUUCAUGAUGAUUUCUGUAAUCAUCUAGAUGUUGUCCGUUAUGCAGCAUCUCCUCUCAAUGCUGGGUUUUCUAGUAAAUAUGAAGCUGUCAAAUAUAUAAAAGACAAGUUCCAGUCGAUCAAGAAGGAUUUCCAAAAGAUUACUGCGGAAAUCAGAAGAACUGGAUCUGGUGGACCUCCUCCUCAAGAAAGGUAUAUCCACUUUGAUGAUAUGAAGGAGAUUACCUUGAGCAACCCUGGUUUCUUCCUGUCAAUGUUGAUGGAGACAGGCCGUGUUGUUGAGGAAGUUGUUGCUGAAGCCGUGAUCAGCAUCUGCCAAGAUGACGGUGUUACUUACAAGAACACCCAAUUGACAACCCCUUCUUUUGUCUCGGAGGGACGGUCUGAGAUGAGUCAGUGGUCCUACAGCACUCCCAAUCCUGUCCCAUCCCCAAGACAAGGCACGGAACCAGUGUCAACAUCCGGGACCAGAAGAACCACGCCAUCUGAGCUCCAGCAAGCCUUCCUGGAAAACUCAAGAAGCCAAACUGACAUCAUGACAUCCAUGCACGACCUUCUCAGUACCAGGUACCAAAGACUUGAAGAGCUAUAUGAAGAUACUCUUCAGCAAUAUAGACUGGAUGUGAUAGCAUCUCAAGAAGCAAGACGUUUGGAUUGGGAGAGUAGAGAGCUGAUUGCAACACGUGAAUAUAAUAGACAAGUUAUAGCUGAUGAGAGAGAGGAAGAGUCAAGAAGGUCUCUAUUGGAAAUACUUUCUAGACGUAAAAGAUCAAGAGGUCCAUCAUCUUACCUCACUCGUAUAAAUGAGUUAAAUUAA